UCUUUGCAUUAACCCAUGCGCGCAGAUGAUCGAUCAAGGCAGGAUGGCCGUUCCUGCUCCAGGAGUUGAUAUGUUAGCGGAGCCAGUUAAUGGCGACGUUGCCGAUCAGGCUCCCGCACCAGUGCUGGGAGGUCCUGACGGUGAACCAGCUUUUAAGAAGAUGAAGGUUGAAAGAGGUAUACACUGCAUUCAUUUCCUUUAGCCUGCUUUGGUUAGAUGGAGCUACAGUUGGAAUACAAUAGGAACAUCACAAUGUUAUCCUGUCUACGCUGUAGCAAAGUUUAUCCAAGAGCUGCAACUUAGUUUUGUCAAUAAUUGAUAUGUAUGUUGCAUGUUAUUUUCUUGAAAAUAUUUCCCACAACAGCAGAAACAUCUGCUUGUAAACACAGAUGUUUGCAAAUGUUUUCUUAAAUAUUAAUGUAUUGUACAGCAAUCUCGAAAUAAAUGUGAAACGAUGCAUCAUUGGAAUGAAAAUGACCCAAAGUGUGGUAUAGGUUGAUGAACCUGUGCUUUUGUCUCUACUUUACCUUCUAUAUUUUCAGUUAACCUGAUUCCAAGAUUUCCCCAAGUUUCCCAGGUGUAGCUUAUAGGAUGUAUUAGAACAACUAAAAGGAAACUGCCAAUGUAGUCAGUUAUUGGAUGUGCUUGCAUGAGUUUGUACCAGUAAGAAGGAAAUAUUAAAAAUCUGAACUUCCACCUGUUCAAAAUUCUAAUUGUCGGCAUGACUAAUAGGGAGACAGUGUUUUGCCCACUUACGACAAUUGUUGACCAUUCACUGUUUUUAACAACUAAGACUACUCGGUAUUAGUUAAGUUGUUUCUGAUGACGAAAGAUACUGAAACAUGGUGUGUAACUCUAUUAUGUUACGCUACGUCACAUAGCAUCGCAAAUUUGUUUGCAUGACACAUUUCUUUCUGAACUUAGAAAUACGUAAUAUUCAGUCAUGGUAUUUAGUAUGUAGUCAGUUUUGUGUGGUGUGCAGUUUUCAUGAGAGACAACAGCUAAAAUCUAUGCUCUUCCUGUGUUUUGUAUGAUCCUCAGGAUUCCAAGAAGUACUCAAAGGGAGACUACUCUGCCUGUUGAAAGCGUCCAGGAUAACUUGCAAUAUACAGAGAAGCAUUACUGAUCAUGCUGUGUAUCUGUUUACAAAUGUUAAGAAUAUCAACAUGACUGACAUUUCUUAGAAGAAUUCUGUGCAUAUAUAUUUCCAUGAACCCAAAGGUGCUUUUCUGACUUGAUAAAUAUCCUUGGUGUGUAUUUGAAAUAACAGAAAAAAUGCCGGGCACAUUUUCACUUGUUGAAAUGCGUCAAAGACUGCUUUCUUGUCUGUCCACUGAAUACUUUGAAUUGUUGUCCCAGUGACAUAUGCCUCUUUCUCUCCAUGUAUUUUCAGCGUCAGAAAUAUUGAUGUAAGAAAAUGGGGGACCUGAGAAUUCCAUCCACAUGAUAACCUACUGACUCAUACUGAGUAGUGAAUGCCGGAAUCAACUGCCGACGGCCCUCAGCAUCAUUCUGAUUAAUCAUACAGCUACUUCAUGUUAUCUAAUCUCAAACUCAGCACUUCUUUCCUCAAAGGUUCUGCACUUAUUUGAAAAAGAAAAGUUUGAAAAAAACUAGACAUGCGUAUUAAACAUAACCUGAUUCGUUGUCAUUAAACACAGACAAUUGUCUUCUAUUGUUUUCCAAAAAAUGUUUUGAGAUCUUAAAUAUGAUCAAGAGAAAUGAAUGAUCAGUAGACAUAUAUUGUUAGGUAGCCCGAAGCUGCUAAGUAGGCAGUGAUCUAAUGCUGUCCCUUUCUCUGUCUCUGUGUUUUCAACAGGAGCGUGUGGACAUAAUACAGAGGCUGUCUCCGCGUGAAACGUGUCUGAUGAGCUGCAAGGCCAUCCGAUUGGCUAUGAAAUGGUUACAUCAAGCACAAUAACAAGUUGACAUUGUUUAGGUUCUCAAUGGGGAAAACCCUCCUGUUUACUGUGUGUAUACUCUAUGUUGAAAUUGGGGUACAAAUGUUUUCUGUGAACCAAAGUUAUUAGUUUGUGGGUAUGAUGCUUGUACUAGUAACAGAUGUUUUGCAAGCACAUUGUCUUGAAGUUUCCUUAGUAUUAAAUAUUUAAAAUUAAUAAUGCUGCAAUUGAGGACAUUUUAAGAAAGUUCUCAUUUUUAAUUUGUAUGUCAUCAUGUGAAUAUCCUUUAAUUUGUUUCACACUCUUAAAAUGUUCUCAAUUUCAGAUGCUAUUCAUUGAAAGUAGAAUACUCAUGACGUCAUCCUAAGUGCAACCGACUUGAUGUUAUGAAUAUGUAGAAGCGAUGACUAUUAUUUUAUUUUACAGAUAGAAGACGAGAUUCUCGACAACCAACUCUGUUCUCAUCCUUGCUCAAGCAUUGUUAAAUGGGUGUUAUGCAAUCAAGCCACUCAACAAAAUACUUUGCUACACUAAGUAACAUGUUGAGAAUAUUUUCUUAAUGUUUUCUAGUGUUAUGUGAGUGUAUCUUAUGUUUGUUUACUUAUGGGCAUGGUGGGUAAUCUGUAUAUUAUACAUAUGGACAGAUUGCCAUGACAUUUUGUAAUAGCUCAGUGAUAAUGGUUUUGUGGCAUAAGACUCAUUUCAAUGAUGUAGACAUUCUUUGCAAUCUCAUUAUUUGUCAGUUCCAAGUCAGUUUUGAUUCUAGUGAAGUUGGGUAAUUCAGCAUGCAGUCAUCUUUCCUGUUGUUCUGGAGAUGUUGUUGUCUCAGAAAUGGAAUAGGUUUUGGAACUUUUUUUCUGAGCUUUUUGUGGUACACAUUUGUCGCAUGUAGGAUUUCAGAUCAGUCUGGCCUGUUUCUCAUUACAUUUGCAUUUCUACUUGAAGUUUUUAAAGUCAAGUUUAGGAGGUAAAACCUUAAGAUCCUUGGUUCUAAUACAUGAUGCUAUGCCCCUGGGAUAGUUCUUGUCGUGAUUCCUGUGCAGUGAGAAAGGGAAAUCAAAACUCAAACUCUGUGGUAGUUUUUGCACCUGUAGUGCAACUACAGAAAGCUUAAUGUCAGUAUCCAGGUAAUAAUUUUGAUUUUAUAUUAACAGAUUGAAUUUUGUCAUUAAUUUCCAUCAGAAGAGGUUAGGCUAGUCGCAGACCUUUGACACGAUGUCUGGUUAUGAAUCCAAAGCUUUUACACUAAGUAGUGCUGGUUCCUUUUCGGGCUGUAGGCCCAUGUAUGCCAAACUCUUGCUUUCUGUUCCAGGCGAGACGUUCAGUUCCAGAUGAUGUGCAAGAAGACUCCUAUAUGCCAAUUACUAAUGAUUUCUUUCUCUUCUGUUUCUAUGUUUUUCAUACUGGUUUAGAAGCACUAAGUGUCGUCACCUAUGAGCCAGGUUAAUGACAGCUUCUGUCCCUGAUCAGGCCCCUCAGCCCACUAGUAGGGCAAAAACAGAGGCCUAGCAUACACCACGUUAACUGCGAUGAUGAUGAGCUGUUUGCUCCUCAAGCGGACCAGACAGGGUCUGUUCUGGAGGGUCCGGGUGCGAAGAGGGAGAUGAAACCUUUCAGUCUGCCAAAAUUAGGAUCAUCACAACAAGAUUCCAUAGCAAGAGCCAAGAAGUAUGCAAUGGAGCAAAGCAUUAAGAGUGUUCUUGUCAAACAGACAAUAGCUCAUCAACAACAACAAAUGCAGAAUUUCCAGAACACUGUUCAAAGACAACAAGCUUUAGCACUAAUGUGCAGGAUUUACGUAGGCAGCAUUAACUUCGAGAUAAAAGAAGACACCAUCAAGCAAGCUUUUCUUCCGUUCGGCCCCAUCAAAAGCGUCAAUCUGUCAUGGGACCCCAUCACCAACAAACACAAGGGAUUCGCAUUUAUCGAAUACGACGUUCCAGAAGCGGCCCAACUAGCCUUAGAGCAGAUGAAUGGCGUUAUGAUUGGAGGCCGCAACAUCAAGGUGGUGGGACGCCCCAGCAAUAUGCCACAAGCUCAACCAAUCAUUGAACAGUUAGCAGCAGAAGCCAAGAAUUAUAAUAGGAUAUAUGUAGCAUCAAUACACAGUGAUUUAUCCGAGUCUGACAUCCAAAGUGUAUUUGAAGCUUUUGGUCGUAUUCAAUCAUGUAAACUAGCCCUAGAUGGAUCCAAACCAGGAAAACACAAAGGUUACGGCUUCAUCGAGUAUGACACCCCCCAAGCAGCUCAAGAUGCGGUUUCCUCCAUGAACCUAUUUGAUCUCGGUGGCCAGUUUCUCAGAGUUGGCAGGGCUAUCACUCCCCCAGAUGCUCUACAGGCACCAUCAGGCCCUGGAAGCAUGCCCACAGCUGCUGCUGUUGCAGCUGCCGCUGUCACGGCCAAGAUCACAGCAUUAGAUGCACAGCAGGCUGCAGUUAACCUGGCUCCACCAGGGCUCGCCAUGCCGACAACACUAGGAAAUGGUGUGGGGUCACCUGAUGUGAAUAGAGGUGGUGUGAUACAGCCAGCUGGACUAGCCAUGCCUACUGUGUUGGGGCAGGCUCCUGUUUUGUCUGCUCCCUCACAAAUUGCUCCACCCACUGUUAUCAGUAUGCCCUCCGUUGCUAGUAUUCCUGCUCCACCACCGCCAGCACCAAGCAAUCCUCAUGCCACAGCAGCAUCUGUUGCUUCCGCCCUGUCAGCGAUGGCACCUGAUGGGAAGGAUGGGAAGAAUGGGAAGAAGGAAGGAAAGCAGAACAAGCUGGACGACGAGUCAAGUCAGAGUCUGGCUCAGCAAGAAAACAUGAAGAUCAGUGGCAGUAAUGCCAGGCAUAUGGUCAUGCAGAAACUGAUGAGGGCACCUCAGGCCCGCGUGAUGGUGCUAAGGAACAUGGUUGGCCCCGAGGACCUCGAUGAUGAGCUGGAGACUGAGGUGACAGAGGAGUGUGGCAAGUUCGGAGUUGUUAACCGAGUUAUCAUCUAUCAGGAAAAACAGAGUGAAGAGGAAGAUGCAGAAAUUGUUGUCAAGAUCUUUGUGGAGUUCACCGCACAGGAUGGUCUAGAACGAGCCAUUCAGUCCCUAAAUGGCCGGUUCUUUGGUGGGAGAAUUGUGAGAGCAGAAAAGUAUGAUCCUGACAUGUUUGAAGCUCAAGAUCUGUCUGGUUGAAAACCUAAGGGAAACAUGGAGAAAUCCUGAGAAAAACAGAGACUCUAAAGUGCUUGAAUGAUGGAAAGACGGUAUCAUUCAGUUAUCCUUAAGUCAGCAAGCCAAGGUACUCCCAAAUGCUGGUGUAAUGGCGUCCGUAUGCACUACGUCUCAAGGGAUAUCACAGCGCGAGCUGUUCCAGAAAUAAUACCAGAAAGUGUUUCGCUUCAAAGUGUAUGUUUCCUGACAAAUGCGAUCCUUAAAACUGAUGGGAAGUGUGUAAUUUGAAUGUGGAAUUAGCUUACAGUUCGCAUGUUUUGAUGCUACCACACAGCUGAUACGAUUCUAGAAUUUGGUGCUUCAUUUUCAGAACUUUAAGAUUUGACCUAAAGCAACAAGAGUCAGAUAAGGAGACGCGUGAAUGCUGAUAGCCUGGUUCUAAACAACUUGUGAUUGAGUGAAUAUUUGUGUGAUGGUGGCUUUAUUCAUUGUGUGACUUGCCAGUUUGAGUGAAAGAUAUGUGUAUAAAUCUGGUACAACUGAUUUGAAUGUUUCCUGUUAUGAAAAUUGCCAUAAGAUUAUGAACUAGGUGUAAAUAAUGUAUAUGAAAAGAAAUUAUGAGAUUUUGUUUGAUGUUUUCAACUCGGCUAAAGUUUUAAGAUUUUAAUGAAGUGAAAAUUGAAAGUUUGAAAUUGUGAUGUAUUAAGUUUUUUUCAAUUGCUUGAGAAAGGUAUUCAGAAAGAUGUGUUCAUUUCAUCACUUGAGAGGAAUCAUGUAGAUAUUUUUAAGGUACAUUGGAUUCUUACCUUGAUGGGCCCAUCUACCUCAAAACAUCUACAUGUUCAAAACUAAGGCUCACAAUUUGGUUGUUAUUUUUUGUAAUGUCAAAGUAUUAUGUUUUGUAUCGUGAAGGAAUUGUAUAUUUCUCUUAUCAAGAGUACAUCAAUUCAGUCCGUGUGAAUGAUUCUGUUUCAGCCUUAAUUUCACAUUCAACUUGUGUAAAUACGUAUUUUAAAGAAUGACUUCAAAAGGUGUAUAAUAUGUUGAUAUUGACAUUUUGUAAAUAAACCAUGAUGCAAACUA